CGGCGUCUUCGCCCCCUGAGCCCGGAGCCGGGCUGCGGCUCGGUGAUGGUAGCGUCGCGGGUGCAGCCGGCGGUCCCGGGGAGUUCGCAGCCCGAUGUCUGGCGGGUCGGCCCGGCGCGGCUGUAGCGGCGGAGUCGGUCGGGUCGCUUCGCUUCAUGGAGGCCGAUCCCGGAGUGGGGCUGCUGCUGGUCCUGUGCGCGCUGCUGGCGGAGGCGAGGGAGCGAUGUGACAACGGCAAGUUUAAGCUGCAAAUGGAUUUGCCACCAGUCGAAGAGUUAGGCUGUCCUGAAGCUGUCUGGCCACUUCCCGAACUGGUCAUUCCAAGUCUGGCCAAGGUGUAUCCUGAGCAGGAAGCGAUUCAAGUGUGUAUGGACAAGCAGAUUGUGUACAAUGUGCGAAUCCCAAACAGCGGCAUGCAUCGACCAAACAGGGCAGUGUAUGGAGAAUACUUAUACAUCCCUGCCCAGCGCUGGGUACACAACCUGCAGCAUGGUGGGAUCGCUUUCCUUUAUCAUCCUUGUGUGCAUCCGCAACUGAAGGAGGAGCUGACGUUGUUGGCCAGGGCUUGUGUGCAGAAACACAUCAUCACUCCUCACCUCAACCUCAGUCAGGAACGGCCCUUGGCCUUGGUUGCAUGGGGUAAAAGCCUAGAAAUGUCAGAGAUUAACCUUGCAGAAGCUGUCAGCUGGCUGACAAAGAGUGCAAACCAGGCUUAUAACCCCCAGGUGAAAGAAGAUGGGGUAUACAAAUUUCUGCUGAUCCAGAAAGCAAGGCCGGUGUCAGAUAACCGUGACGGCGUUAUCUGUCCUGCAGAUCAAGUCAAGAAACUGCAACACUACUUCAAGAAGAGGAAUCUUCAAUCAACAUUAUCAAAAUGGGAUAAAGUUAGAGAUCGCAUGAUGAGACAUCAGUCUGCCAGGCAUGUAAUUUUGAGGAGGAGAAGGAAAAGAAAUACUCAAGGACCUGCUCCAGUCAGUGAAAAGGUCAAAGCUAAGCCGUAUGUUGCAACAGUACCAACUGGCCAGGCAGGUGUAACAAGUAUCAGAGAUUUGGAGAGCAGCCUGGUGCAAACUAGCAAAACUCAAAAGACAAAGGGAAGCUAUGAAAUUGGACAGAGACAGACCAGAAUGGGAAAUGAGUCCAAAUUUGCUAUGUCUGUAUUAAAAGACUCCAACCAGACCCAUCCACGUGCUGUUCUGAGCAACCGUACUGCUAAUCUGGCUGUGAAGGAGCCAGAUUCUAAGGCCAACCAUUCCCACUCUUCAUCGAAAGCUGAUUGGACUCGUGAUCAACAAGGAGAAACUGAAAAAGGUGAACAGAUUAUCGACAAAACCAACCAGCGGGUCGGAACCCCUGCCAUUAAGGAACAGGAGAUGGGUAAAAUAACUGUUGGUGUCAGCAAUGGGCUCAGUGGCAAUCGAGGUCAAGUGAGUAACAAUGCGAUCUCUGAUGGUGGAAAGAGUAUAAAACCUGUGCAGCUACUACAGAAUACACUCAUCUCUUCCAAAAAUGACAGAAUGAAGGAAAAUGGGAAUUCUAAUAAAACUUCCGCUGCAGAAGCAGUUAGUGAAGGAAUACUGCAGAAAGGGGAGAUGGGGAUAAAUUUAACAUUGACAAUCCACAAUGGUACAGCGCCUGUGGAGUCUGGAAGCAUUAAAUGCAAAUGUGAUGGCGUGCUGCAGAAUGUCCGGGCUGACUCCAGAGGUGCAGAUUCAAAUGACUUAAAGGCAGCUGCUGAAGACAAGGUGAAAUAUGUGCCCACUCCGCGGACAGAAGAGGCAGCCUGGGCAGCUGCGGCCCUCACUUUUCUCUUUGUGUUCCUUACGCUGGCAGUCUUGUACACGAGGCUGUACAAAAAAUUCAUAAAGAGCAACAGCCUGUACUGGGCACCGGUUCCAGCCAUGGAAGGGAAGGAAAAUGUAGCAGAUAUCAUAAAGAGAAGAAUCACCAGGCUUGGCAAGAAGAGGAAAAAGAGGCCUUUCCACAAGAAGAAAUCCGUUGCACCUUAUGAUGUCUUGCCAAGUGACAACAGUGACUGACUGUAACGAAGAUGAGGAUUAGGCCUGGCAUUCCGUUCUGAAAUGACGUAAUUGCUCGGACAAUGCUGUCACAAAGUAACUGUGAACAGCAGCAGGGAGUUGGAACCAUUCUUGGGGAAAACAAAUCGACAACCCUGGUGUGGACGGGAAGUGGAGAAGACAGACAUUAGAGACAUCGAAAUUAUCUUGUACUUGAUACUUGGUUCAAUUUAAAUCAUGCUUACUGUCAGGUUUAUUUUGAUGCACUACAAUGAGCUUUUAUUUGUGCCUUUAGAACGGGAGAGAAAUCUGAAUUUCUAAAUAAUUUCUAUGUAGGUUUUAAAAUUUCUGAUAUUUUUAAUGGUGAUAUAAACCAAAGUUCAAUGUGGUAUACAUCAAAUUGCACUGUUGGGAUAAUUUUGCAGUUUAUUCCCUUGCAUGGUUUAAAUUAUCCAUAGCUGAGUUUUUAAAACAUGAGCUUUUAGCUACAUCAUCUGUGGCAUUAAAAUAGAGCUGUCUUGGUCUUUCUAUGGGAUCAGAUGGGAUAAGGUUUAUAAAUUGGUUUCUUUGCCGCAGACAGAGUCAUAUCAGCAGGUUAUUGCAGAAUCAACUCGUUCAGCAAAUGACAAUCACCAGGAUAAGGUUCCUCAGUUUAAAUAAUUCAUUAGUAACAACUUUAGAUGGGAAAGCUAUUAUAAAAGUAAUCAUUGAUAUUUAUUAUUUUUGUGAACUAGGGUUAAGUCAAACACACCAGCAUUCUUAUCCAGGCUUUCAGAUGAAAGUGAAUCUCCCAGAUCCUUAAUUUGUAGGUACAAUUCUAAUGGAAAUUAAAUCCUCUUUGCCUUAAUUGCUACAAGUAGCAUAAGACUUGAUCAAGAAUUAAUUAUUUACAUUGGUGAUCAAUUUCACCUUACAACUGUGUAUAAUGAAGAAAUCAGUUCAAAAAUCUUAAUCUGAUAUCAGAUCCUCCCAAACAUUUUCUGUUGGCUAUCUUCAAGAUAAAAUGAUUAAAAAAAACUUGUAGGGUGCAUGCAAGGAUCAAUAUCCCUAUCAUGCACAAGUGCCUUCUAGUUAAUGAAGAUUACUCUGGCUGCAAACUAGAUUCUAGAUUGAAAUACAGUAGUUUUAAGUCUUAAGUAAAAUAUAUAUGAAAUAAAAGCUGCAAUGUAGCAGGAGAAAUUUUACUGCAGGGCCAUAGAAUAAGAUGCAGACUAAAAGGGUAAACAUUUAAUACAAAAUAAUAUUUGUUAUAAUUCAAAUUCAGUUAAUAAAAAUUGAAAAUAGUACAACAGAACUAACAAUCAAAUUUGCAUGUUAAUUUGCUUCAGCGAUGAUCAAGUUUUGUCUGCACCUGACUUAGCUACCAGGUUUGAAUGGUAGGUUGAGGCUUGAAACAAAUUCUGUGGCAGUAAAUCAAUAGGGAGGCAGAGGGUGGACAGAGACAGUGAUUCUUCACUCAGAUCUGUCUAGAUAUGGGCUUUAUCACUAGGGAAUUGUUAAUGCUGAAUGGGAAAUAAUUGUUAAAUGGGAAUAAUAAUUUAUAAAACUUGUGUAAUUUCACAUCAGAAUUGAUUGCUGUUCUUAGUGAAUAAUGUGAAUUUUUCAUGGGGAAAAUAUUUGAAUGUUUAUAAAUGAUUUUGUAUGUUCCUAAAAAUUAAAAUUUUUUGACUUAUUUUCUUUUA